UUCUGGACCUCCUCCACCGGGGUCCUACCUUGGCUCCUAUGCAGGUGGGCCAUUUUCGGUACCGUCAGAACGCACACUCGAGAUGCAAUUGGCCCGCGGUAAUUAGAAGCAUAAAAGGUCCCCAGACAUGGCAGCGACCCAGAUUCGGGCCCCUUCUCGGAAAGUGCGUCAUCCGUUCGACGACAAGUAGUUGAAGAGGCCCAGUUCUAAGGUCUAGGAUUUUAUAGUCCUGAAUGAGUAUGUAUGUAUCAUUCCCUCGAAAUAAUUGAAAUGUGAUCCGUUUCCACAGAUCCUCUACGUUUUAAACCCGGAGACACUAAUCGAGAUGGCUCCAAUACGUCAGAGUAAUACGGAACGCCGACGGGGAAGGGACGAGUGCCGCGAGAAACUGGCAAAACACAUUCACCAGAAACUCGGGAUUGAAAUAAAGCCCUCCGAAGUCCGCCUGAAGCCCCGCGCGAACGAUCCGUACAGCUGGCGAGCCCUCCCAGAUAAAGAGGAGUUCAUUUCCAAGAUAUUCGCCAAGAAUUUAAGCGACCAUUCUAUCAGCACCUACCGACUGCUAUGCAGAGAGGUCGGAAAGACCUUCGAGGCCGUACCCUCAAGUACGCAGUGCUCAGCACUGGACUCCGUCAUAGCUUUGACUACCCCAGGAGCUAGCUUCAGCGUCAUGAUCGACAAGCUCAGGGAGGAAAAUUGGAAGCUUUCCCAAGACGUUUGGGACUUGAGAAGUAGAGCAGACGCAGAAUCGAGACAGAGACAGCUCGUGGAAGAAGAAAACCGUCGAUUGCAUAGCAACCAACAAUGGCUUGAAGGCCAGGUUAGAGACUGUGCAGCCACGGUCGACUACUUCAAGAACUGUGUCGCGAGAUGCUUCGUUGGCCUGGACAAAGUAUUGCCUAUACUGGAGGACUUGAGAAAGGACACGUCCUUCGAUAGGGCCAUGAACCGCAGCGUAACGUAGAGUCGCGCAAUGGAAUGAUCAAGAUACCGGGGUGGGAUCCAGCUCUGCUU